AUGGGGCUCAUCAGAGCAUCAUUGGGCACGGUGAGAGUGAAACAGGAUGAGGGGAACGUGAGUAUAGACGAUGUGACUCUAGAGAGCGCCAUUGAGCGUUUGCAGGUGAAGCAGGCACGGGCAGAGAGGGCUGCUGCGAAGAAGGCUGCUAAGGCUGCAAAGACGGGCAAGGGGAGCAAGGCGGGUGCAGCAGAAACAAGCACAGAGGCUGGGAAAGGGUCAGGGAAAGAGGCAGAAAAGGCUGCUAAGGCUGCAAAAGAGGGCAAGGGGAGCAAGGCAGGCACAGCAGAAACAAGCACAGAGGCUGGGAAGGGGGCAGGGAAAGAGGCAACCAAAGAGGCGAGAAAAAGAGCAAGCAAAGAGGCGGGUAAAAAUGCGAGCAAGAGUGCAGGGAAGGACGAGAAGGGAGAGCCGUUGCAGCAGGAGGAGGUGAAAGGGGAAGGGAUGGGAGCUGGUGGCGCAGGGACAGGAGGGAAGGCAGUGAGAGUGAAAAAGGGCAAGGAGGCGGAGGAGAGGGAGGGGAGGGGGGGGACGGCUCAAGAGUUUACACGUGGGCAGGAGCAGCAGGAACGGAGAGGAAGCAAGGGAGGGGCGGAGGUUGCACGGCGGAACCGGCUUCCUAGAAGACCAUCGGAACAGCUUAAGGACAUUAUUGGGAAGGAGCACGAGCAGCUGAGCAUAUUCGAAGCAACACGGCUAGUGUGGGACUAUGUGAAAGCCAACAACCUCAAGACCACACGAGCAGCUGAGCAUAUUCGAAGCAACACGGCUAGUGUGGGACUAUCACGAGCAGCUGAGAAUAUUCGAAGCAACACGGCUAGUGUGGGACUAUCACGAGCAGCUGAGAAUAUUCGAAGCAACACGGCUAGUGUGGGACUAUCACGAGCAGCUGAGAAUAUUCGAAGCAACACGGCUAGUGUGGGACUAUCACGAGCAGCUGAGAAUAUUCGAAGCAACACGGCUAGUGUGGGACUAUCACGAGCAGCUGAGAAUAUUCGAAGCAACACGGCUAGUGUGGGACUAUCACGAGCAGCUGAGAAUAUUCGAAGCAGCACGGCUAGUGUGGGACUAUCACGAGCAGCUGAGAAUAUUCGAAGCAACACGGCUAGUGUGGGACUAUCACGAGCAGCUGAGCAUAUUCGAAGCAACACGGCUAGUGUGGGACUAUCACGAGCAGCUGAGAAUAUUCGAAGCAACACGGCUAGUGUGGGACUAUCACGAGCAGCUGAGAAUAUUCGAAGCAACACGGCUAGUGUGGGACUAUCACGAGCAGCUGAGAAUAUUCGAAGCAACACGGCUAGUGUGGGACUAUCACGAGCAGCUGAGAAUAUUCGAAGCAACACGGCUAGUGUGGGACUAUCACGAGCAGCUGAGAAUAUUCGAAGCAACACGGCUAGUGUGGGACUAUCACGAGCAGCUGAGAAUAUUCGAAGCAACACGGCUAGUGUGGGACUAUGUGAAAGCACACAACCUCAAGACCAGUCCCUUCCCCUCCCUGUUCUAUUGGCCUCCCUUCCUACCCCUCCCCUCCCUCAGCACGAGCAGCUGAGAAUAUUCGAAGCAACACGGCUAGUGUGGGACUAUCACGAGCAGCUGAGAAUAUUCGAAGCAACACGGCUACUUGAGCAGCUGAGCAUAUUCGAAGCAACACGGCUAGUGUGGGACUAUGUGAAAGCACACAACCUCAAGACGGGAAGCCACACAGCAGCCUUUGACGACAGGCUGAGGGGCCUCUUUGGGGUUGACUCGGCGCAUUCCACUAAAGUGCCGGGACUGCUGCUGCCGCACAUGAAGGAAGUUGAGAGCUCUGACGGUGCUCUGAUUGCUGAAAGCGUUGAUGGGGCUCCCUUUGGGGUUGACGGGGCGCAUUCCACGAAAGUGCCGGGGCUGCUGCUACCACACAUGCAGGAAGUUGCUGAAGCGGGGAGGAAAGUUUCUCAAGUGGUGAAGGAAGCUUCUGAAGUGCGGAGGGAAGCUGCUCACGUGGGGAAGAAAGCUUCCAAAGUGGGAAAGGAAGCUUCUGAAGUGGGGAAGGAAGCUGCUCAAGUGGUGAAGGAAGCUUCUCAAGUGGGGAAGGAAGCUUCUCAAGUGGAAAAGGAAGCUUCUAAACUGGGCAAGGAAGCUGCUAAAGUAGGGAAACAGAGCAAUUAUGUCAGAGCAAGCAAGGGAGGAUCGGAGCUUAUUCGUCUGAAGCAGCUUCCCAGAAGGCCGUCUGAGCAACUGAAGGAGAUCAUCGGGAAGGAGCACGAGCAGCUGAGCAUCCUCGAAGCAACGACCCUUGUGUGGAACUACAUUAAAGCCAACAACCUUCAGGCUGGACCCAACUCAGCAGCCUUUGAUGACAAGCUGAGGGCCCUUUUCGGGGUUGACUCGGCCCAUUUUUUCGGCCUGCAGAAGCUGGUAUCGCAGCAUAUGGAGCUUGUUGAUAGUGAGGGGGACAGGUCGCCGCAGGAUGAAGCAGAGCAGGACUCAGCAGGAAAAGGAGGAGGAGCAGCAAAAAAAACAGCAAGACGUGACAGCAUAACUCUCAAGGAGGCGGGUCAGCAGGUGUGGCAGCGAAUCAAGGAGCAAGGGGAGAAGGUGGAGGGAGGAGGGCGGCUGGCUCAAUACAGAGUGGAUGGAGAACUGCAAGAGUUGCUGGGUGUAGAAGUUACUAGAGGGACCAGGGAAGGACUAGGGCUGGUGAGGAGCGACGGGCUGGGGGAGGGGGUGACGGGGGGCUGGACUGGUAGAGGAGCGAGGGAUUGCGGGGGGGCUGGACUGUACGAGCGAGGGAUUGCGGGGGGGCUGGACUGUAGGAGCGAGGGAUUGCGGGGGGGCUGGACUGUAGGAGCGAGGGAUCGCGGGGGGGGGGCUGGACUGGUAGAGGAGCGAGGGAUUGCGGGGGGACUGGACUGGUGUAGAGGCACUGGAGGGGUGAGGGACUCCAGGGAGCAUGGGGAAGGAGAGGGGAGGGGAAAGAAGGUGGGGGGGGGGAGGGAGGGGGGCUACUUCGAUACUUAG